CGAUUUGACAUUAAAACAACAUCGCAAAAAUAAAAACGAAACCGAGAAUGUUAUUUUGUUUUAAGUAAAACUUAGGACGACUAGAACAUUUUGUGUGUGUUACUUGUGACUUGUAAGGAAUAGAAAGUGAUUUUAACAAUAUCCUAGCUGGAAUAUAUACGCGAACCAAUCGGUAAAAAUUCGCCCAAAUGUUCGUCGAAUAAGAAAAAAAAAUUCACAUGACACAAUGACAUCAAUGAGACCAUCGAAAACGACUUUAUUGAAAGUCGUCAUAUUAGGGGAUGGAGGAGUGGGUAAAAGUUGCCUGAUGAAUCGGUUUGUGACCAACGUAUUCGAUGAAAACAGUUUUCAUACGAUCGGCGUUGAGUUUCUGAACAAAGACAUCGAAGUAGAUGGGGAAAAGUACACGUUACAGAUUUGGGACACUGCUGGACAGGAACGUUUCAAGGCUCUGCGAACUCCUUUUUAUCGAGGAUCAGACAUCUGCUUGUUAGCCUACGCUAUCGAUGAUCUAGCCAGCUUCAAAGGACUGGCUCAAUGGCGAGAAGAAUUUAUCAAAUAUGCCGACAUUACGUCGAAUCAAUUCCCAUUUAUUGUGGUUGGAAACAAGAACGAUGUGUCGCCAGCCAAUCGUGAAGUGACGUCGGAAUCGGUUUCAAUUUGGUGCCAAGAAUACAACAUAUCCAGUUUCAUCGAAACAUCGGCCAAAAUGUCAAAGAACAUUGUCGAAGCUUUCAAAUUGGCCGUGCAACAGUGGCAAGCGCUGGAAAAGUCAACGGAACGUGCUCUGCGCGCUCACGGUGAAACCAUCGAUCUGACACAGGGUGUAAAUUUGCAACCGGCCGACCGGUCAUGCUGCAGCAGCAAUGUCACCAGCAAUCCGAAUAGUCCGCAAACGAGACGACACGAAGUGUUUAAGUGAAUUGUGAAUUUGGUCGGUUGCAUGAAGAAGAAAAAACGGUUAAUUUAACAUCUCUGCACACGGUGAAAAAGAUGCACACUCACGACACACCAAUACUGUACCGGUUACCGGUUAAGGAGUGUUUUUCUGUUAGGUCGUAAAAAUAUUUUCUAUUUAUAUACUCUCGUAAUAUUACACUUUAUGUAUACACCAAACCCAUGGAAUCAAUGCUAAUAUCACUGAAUCGGUAAAAA